AUUAUUCCUUAUUCACAUAAAUUUAGUUAAACGUGUCCGAGUCUUGGAUUCUUGUAUCAAUAGGAUAUAAACAGUUGUUGUGUCCGCGCGCGCGUGUGUGUGGGUGGGGGGUGGUGGGCAUUGUAUGAAACUUUAUGAGUUUCUCUUCUACUCAAUAUACCAUCGUCAAGUCGCUUUUAUUUCACCUCCCAUAAUUCCACGUUCCCCACCUCUCCUUAGCUUCGUUUUGUCAUGUCCUCUCUCUCUCUCUCUCUCUCUCUCUGUAUCCCAAAAAAUUUUAUAGCUUGGUCAACCUACUGUCUUCCUUAUUCCUUUUGGUUUCUUCUAUUUCAAACCAGAACAACCUCUCUCUCUCUCUCUCUCUCUCUCUCUCUUAGGUUGCAUCUUUCUCCAUCUCUAAAACUCAAGCACUAGCUUAUCAAGCUCGGUUCAACUUUGCAAAGUAAAACCUUUUCUUCUUCUCUCAUUUUAGAAAUUCAACUUUCAUUCACAGUGCUCACUAUUGUUGCUAGUAGUCUACAUUGUGGAUAUUAGGAUAUAUAUAUAUAUAUAUAUUAUAUGCAUGGUAGGUUAUAGUGAGUUCAACAACAUGUCUGAUUCACUCAAGACUCGGAAACUUCGGCCUCUAAUUCCAAAGCCGCCUUCUAAUGCCAGUCCCAAAGAAACUACUACACAAUCUGCAAUAUCAAACCCUUAUUGCAGUUGCAUCUACAGAGCCAAUCUCUUUGCAUUAAAUCUUCAACUGGGUAUAUUUUAUUUUUUUCUCUCUUAUUCUCCUAUUUCAACUGUAUUAAUUUCUUCUAUUUUCUGUUCUAUAUAUCCUUUUUUAUUUUAUUUUUUUCCUUUUUCUGAUAAGUUUGUUGUUGCUGUAGCUUCUACAAGUCAUGAUCAAAGUAAGAUAGACAAUAAUAUUAACAUGACAGAUUCCUUAGUGAGUUCACGUUGGAAUCCAACUCCAGAGCAGCUACAUGCCCUCGACGAAAUGUAUCGAUGGGGAAUACGAACACCGACCCCUGAACAGAUCCAGCAAAUUGCUGCAAAGCUUCGCUUCUUCGGUAAGAUUGAAGGCAAGAAUGUGUUUUACUGGUUUCAGAAUCACAAAGCAAGAGAACGACAGAAACGUCGUCGUAUAAUAGAGUCUACAGGGCCUCAACAACAAUUCAUAUAUGGCCUUGAAAGCCUAGAUGGAAAAGAAUCAGAGUUGAGUAGGACAGUUUCUGAAUUUGGACAGACAAAGAAUUGGGCAACCCCUCCAAACUACACUGCAACAGAGGAAUGUGUAUCAAUGCACAGUAGAGCAGUAGGAGCAGAGAGUAGGGCAAAUGGGUGGACUCUAUUUGAGGAGAGAGAAUUACAGCAGAUCAGCCAAAGCAGCAGCAGCACAGUAGCAAAGAAUGAAAGGUGGCAGAUGAUGGAGCUCUCUCCCACCUACCUCUUAAACACCAUAACCACAACAAAAACUACUCUACCAGAAGCUUUAGGGUCAAUAGACCCUCCUCCUAAGCUCUUCAACACUACUCAAGAAUUCAGCACUGUGUUGACUCAGAACAACAAUAUUAGGAGAGAAUCUCAAAGUACACUUGAGCUCUUUCCUAUGAGGAGUAGUGACAAUUCUGAUCUCCUUAAUGUGGGCAACGACACUACUCAUGAAGUGCCCAUUGCAACCAUUAAUGCCGACAUCAUUCCGAAUCAGUAUUUCGAGUUCCUUCCUCUGAAAAAUUGAAGAAAAAAAAUUGUCUGUGUUUGGGGUUUAUAAAGAAGUUGGGGGUUAAUUUCAUGUGAAACUCUUGUUGGAAAUUCGAAGAGUUCGUGUUUUUACUGCU